AUGCGUGAAAGUAUUCGAAGAAGACCGUUUAUAUGCAAUAAUUCUUAUCCUCAGUGUACGCAUGAAGUAACAUGUAAACAUGCAACAUCUUCCUUACCACGAAAAUGUCAUGAAAUGCAUGGGACUGCAAAAAAGAGACCUCCAUCUCGAGUAUCAUUCAAAAAAGACACUGGAAAACGUGAAGUAUCCAGUGAUAAUAAAAACAGUUCAAAUAUUUGUCAAAUGGAUUUGUCAAACCCUAAGAAUAACACUGAUAACAGUAGUAAUUCUGAUGAACAUUUCAAAGAAUGUGCACUAAGUCCUGUCAUUAUGGAUGAUGGUAGUAUUAUGCUUCAAGAUGAACAUUGCCAUGAUUCGUUAUCUGAUCAAACAAUCUUUCUCAACCUCUUAUCCAAACUUGAAAAACAUUUGGAUGAAGAAAGGAAAAAUAAUGCAAAAUUACAAGCUGAAUUAAUGGAUAAAAUAGAAUAUGAAAAACAACUGUCUGAUAUACGAUCAAAUUAUGAAGCGGAAGUAUUUCGUUUACAAAAUAUCAUAACACAUUUACAAGGCAGUUCACAUUAUAACGAAAAAAUAACUCAUAAUGAUGAAAAGCUAAUGAACCUAAAUGCUGAAAUGAAAGAAGCGAAUGCUAGAAAGAAUAAUAAUAAUAAUGAAGAUUCACAUGCUGCCAACAUUAAUAAAUCUCCGCGUACUUUCACUAACAUGGACGAGUUGAGAAAGGAAUAUGAAAAGCAAGAAUCACUAAUCGCCGGUUAUCAGCGAGAAAAUGAAAAGUUGUAUGAACAAAUUAAAAAACUACGUAAGGAUCAUCCAAUUGAAAAUGAAGAUGUACAAACAGCUAAACGUCUUACUACUGAAAAUCUUACUUUAAGAUUUGAAAUUGAACAGUUAAAUAAAGAACUUAAAUUGCGUAGUCAACAAAUAGGCACCAUGUUAUCUAGGAAUUCAAGGUUGAAUCAAGAAAAUCAAAUUAAUGAAUUGAAAGAAUCAAAUCAACAAUUGGAUUGUGAAAAAAACAAGUUAUUGAAAGAUUUAAAUGAUGCGCGAACAGAGAUAACAAACAUUAAUUUAAAGAUAAACAAUUAUAUACGUGAGAAAAAUGAUUUAACCGAAAAAUAUGAAUCUUUUAAAGAAAAAUCACAAUCUGACUAUACAAGCAUGAAAGAAAAUUUCCUUAGUCAAAUUGAAGAUCUUCAAAAGAAAUUACGUUGGUACAUUGAAAACCAGUCAAUUAUUAUUAAAGAUUCAAAAAAGCUAGAAAGUCAAGCUAGAGAACUGGAAAAAUUGCGAACAGAAUUAUCAUAUUAUAAAAGUAAACAGAUUUCUGGUCCCAAAUCAAACGAAUCCAAACAGUCAUGUGACAAUAAGGAGGAUCCAGUAACUGAAAGUCAACAAUCAUUUCUUUUGGAACGAAUUAAAUUUCUCGAAUCGGAAUUAGACAGAGUUCAUGACAAUGAAAAACGAGCUAUUCGUUCAUUGCAACAACAAUAUGAACGAGUUAAAUUACAGUAUGAAGAUCGUAUUCAAUCAUUGGAAUCCUACAUCAAUUCAUAUUGUACACAUAAUCAAAAUUAUUCAAAUUUAUCGCUACAAGAAAAUCACAUUUUGAAAUUAAAUAAUUCAGAAAAUAUUGAAAAUAAAACACAAAAAAUUUCAAAUGAAACAUUAAAACAAUCCAUUGAUAAUACUAAUCAACCAAUAAUCAUUUCCAAUCUAUUAGAUAAUUUACGCGGUCAAAUAACCAAUUUAAAAAUUCAAUUAAAUCAACGACAAAAAACCAUUGAACAAAUGAAACAUUUUGCUCAAUUAAAUAAUAAUAAUAAUAAUAGUAAUUUAAACAAUAAUAUCCCCGCGAAAAAUAAACUCAAAACUUCAACAUUCAUCAAAAAACAAUUUCAUCAUCCACGUGCGCAUAAAAUUCAAUCCAGACAAAUUAAUGUGAUUAAUGAUAACAUAAAAUAUAGAAAUAAAUCAACCCGCUCAAAACAGCAAAACAAUGCAGAUCGAUUCAAUAAUAAUAAUAAUGAUCAAGAAGAAUUAAUUAAUUUUGAAAAACAGGAUGAUGCAUUGAAAACUUUAUUACAACAAAAUCGUUCAAAUAAACUUGAACGUUUAUUGAGACAAUCACAAGACUCUAUCAAAUCUGGCGUUACUUGUGACGCAUCGACCAACACGGAUACCAAUCAAAAAAUCGAUAAUACUACUUAUGUCAAAAUGCUUGAGAGGCAAAUUAAAAAUCAACAGGAUAUUAUUCUGUCUAAAGAAACAGAAUUAAAUCGACUGAAAACAUCCACAAUGAAACGAAAUAAACAUCGUGACAGCAAAAGUACACAUCACUUGAAUACACAGCAAUGUACAAAUGAAAACUAUCCUUCAUCAUUAAAAGAAAUUGAAAAGAAUUUUAACGAAGAAGAAUUAAUGAAAGAUAUUUAUGCUAAUCAAAUUUAUUCUAUGAAUUUAGAAGCUGAUUAUUGGCGUAAUAUUGCAUUGAAAAUGAAUCAUGAAUUAAAUAUUCUACAAAAUGAUGCAAAUUUACUUGUAAAUAUAUUGAAACAAAUACAAACAAUUGAAAAUUGA